CUCAUUGCUUCAUUUUCCACAGCAGCUCAUCACUAACGGACCUGAGCCUUCAUGAACUAUUUAUCAUUAAAAAGGAUCAAGGAAUUGAAACACAUUGCAACCAUACGCUGCAAAUGUCUGAAAAGAGGAAGAAAAGGAAGCUUGCAACAAAGAAAACAUCACCUAAAGGCUCAACUGCCAGUUCCGAGAAGAGUAGAGAUGAGUCAACAUGUCCCAGCGGUGUCUCUGUUAAGAGUGACAGGUCUAAGGGUCUACCACUUAAUUUUGGAGAAGACAGUUUAAAAUGUCAGAAAAUUACUGAGGAGCUGACCUGCUGUUCAGUAUGUAAAAAGGUUCUGAGGGACUUGGUUUACUUGAUUUGUGGACAUCUAUCAUGUAAGCAAUGUGUGGGUUUGGGCUGGGACCAGCCUGACUUGCCAACAGACUUUCAGUGCCCAGCGUGUGGAGAGAACUAUGUGAAAGACACACUCAAAGACACAGGAAAAAGCGUUUGUUUGGAAGCAAAGAAGAAUCUUCAAAAUGCAAUGAGAAAUAAAUUUACUUUGACAUCUGAAGGUAAUGGUGAUCAUCAUAGUUCCCUCAAAAACAUCUACACAACACUGUUCAUCACCACUGGAGAGAACAAAGGACCACAUGAAGAACAUGAGUACAAACAGCUUAAACAUGUUCAGAGAGAUCAAUCAUUGUGUGACUGUUCAGUCAAACUUAGCGAGAUCUUCAAACCGGUGCCUGACCAGGAGAAACCCCACAGAACAGUCGUGACCAAGGGAGUUGCAGGCAUUGGAAAAUCAUUUGCAGUUCAGAAGUUCAUCCUUGACUGGGCUGAAGAGAAAGAAAACCAGGAGGUUGAUUUUGUUUUCAGUCUUGCUUUCCGAGAAUUGAAUUUGAUUACAGGGGAGAAAAGCCUCCAUGAGCUGCUGACUGAGUUUCACCCAGCACUCCGACCCCUGAAAGAUUACCAAGAUUACGCUAAAACAAAGAUUAUAGUGAUCCUCGAUGGUCUGGAUGAAAUCAAACAUCAGCUGGACUUUAAGAACCUAACCAGAGUAGCUUCUCUUGGUACUGUAACAUCUGUAGGUGAUCUUGUUGUAAACUUGAUUCAAGGUAACCUCCUUCCUGAUGCAAACAUCUGGAUAACUUCCCGUCCAGCAGCUGCCAGUCAGAUCCCUGCAGAGUACAUCGACAUGGUGAUGGAGAUAAGAGGGUUCACUGAUGCUCAGAAAGGGGAAUAUUUUAGACGGAGAUUUAGUGAUGAUUUGAGUCUCGCUGACAGAAUAACAUCAUAUAUUCAGUCCUCACUAAGUCUGGACAUCAUGUGCCAGAUCCCAGUCUUCUGUUGGAUUUCUGCUGUUUUAUUCCAGGAAGUCUUUGGCAGAAAUGAAGAGACAGAAAUCCCCCAAACUCUGACAGAGUUAAUGGCACAUUUUCUCUUUGCUCAGACAAAACGUAGAAGCAGAAAGUAUGAAGGGAACCCUGAGAAAAACAGAGAGAAGCUCCUGAAGACUCACAGAGAAUUUCUUCUGAAACUCGGGAAGCUUGCGUUUGUGCAGCUUCAAGAAAACAAACUCAUCUUCUAUGAGGAAGACCUGGAAGACUGUGGCAUUGAUAUUGCAGAAGCAUCAAUAUACUCCGGUUUAUGUAACACUGUUCUCCAGGAAGAGGAAGUCUUCUUCCAGAAAAAAAUGUUCUUCUUUGUGCAUCUGACUCUUCAAGAGUUCUUCGCAGCUCUGCAUGUCUAUGAAUGUUUAAAAACCAACAAAACCAGCGAGCUCGGGAAUUUUCUCUCUUUGAAGGACAAAAACCUUGGUUUACUUGAUCUUUUAAAGAUGACAGUUGACAAAGUGCUGGAGAAGAACGGUCACUUAGAGUUUUUCUUGCGAUUCCUUCUUGGCCUGAUGGUUGAACACAACCAGAGAUACCUUCAGGGUCUGUUGACUCCACUUGACCAAUGGGAUGACACAGACAAGAAAAUCUUAACUUACCUGAGAUCUAUUAGAAGAAAAACCCUGUCUCCGGACAGCUGCAUCAACAUCUUCCAGACCAUGAUUGAAAUGAGAGAUCACAAAGUCAAAGAUGAGAUUCAGGAAUAUCUCAAACUGUCCGACCAUUCAAAGAUGGAACUGGCUCCUUUGCACUGCUCUGCUUUGGCCUACAUGCUGCAGGUGUCCAAGAAUGAUCUGGAUUUACUGGAUCUUAGGAGCUACAAUACAUCAGAUGAUGGCAGGAGGAGGUUGAUACCAGCUUUGAGGAGCAGCAAAAAAGCUGUGCUUGUAAAUUGCAAAGUUAUGGCGCACUGGAUGGAGAAUCUGGCCUUUGCCCUUAAGUUUUCCUACUCAGCUCUGAGGGAUCUCGAUUUGAGCAACAAUGACCUGAAAGAUUCAGGAGUGGAGGUGCUUUGUGAUGGACUCUCAAGUACCUCUUGCAAACUGGAGAUACUAAGGUUAUCUGGUUGUUUGGUCACAGAGAAAGGCUGUGAUUAUCUGGUCUUGGCUCUUCAGUCCAACCCGUCCCACCUGAUUGAGCUGGACCUGAGCUACAACCAUCCAGGAGACUCUCUGCUCUCUGAGCUGAAGGAGGAUCCACAAUACAAGCUCAGCAAGCUCACCCUUGACUACGGUGGGACUCACAGAUUGAAGGCUGGCUUCAGGAAAUAUGCUUGUGAACUCACUUUCACUCCUGAUGGAGCACACCAGAACCUGGUUCUGUCUGAAGGAAACAGAAAGGUGACCUGGGUGGGGGAUGAUCCACCUCAUCUUUAUCCCACAGAAGAGUCUGAUCACCACCAGCAGGUGCUAUGUGAUCAGGGCCUGACAGGGCGCCACUACUGGGAGGUGGAGGUGUCUGGAUCCUUAAGCAUUGGAGUCACACAUAAGGAGGCCCUGAUGAAAGAGAAGAUGGGUGAUUUCAGGAUGGGGCACAAUAAGGAUUCAUGGUGUUUGGUUUGUUCCAAUGAUGGUUUUUCUGUUUUACACCACAACAAAAAAGUAGACGUGUCUUCCCUUGGAUGGCGCACCAGUCGGUUGGGGUUGUAUCUUGACUGGCCUGCUGGUACUCUGUCUUUCUACAGAGUUUUGUCCGACAGUCAGAUCCAUCUUCAUACUUACACAGUGGCUUUUAAUGAACCCCUUUAUCCUGUGGUGGAAUUUAACCCCCAGUCAUCUGCUGUAUUUUGUCAUCUAAAUCUAAAGUAAUGAAUCUGGCUACUCAUAGCGUGGCGACAGGAGCUCGCAACGAGUAUAGGUAGGCCCCAUUUCCUGUCUGCCUACUUUAAAAAAAUUACAAAACUAAAAGCCACAAAUGCCAUCUAAAAAAAUGCUGUCUACCAAACCAUCAUAUUAAAACCACCAUGUCUGUCUGUUCUUUUCUGAAACUUAGUUUUACACCAGAUGUAACGGGAAGCACAACAUCCAACAAAUAGUUCUACUUUGGCUCACCAGUCAAAUGAACAUUUUCUUGAAGAUCACCAUGAUGCAUUUUGGGAAAAUGUUGACCCAAGAGUAGUUUUUAACUUUUUGGUCAGCUGUAGUUCUGGCCUUUGAACUCUGCAAUGGAUGCAGUUUUUGCCCAGUCUCUUCCUUAAUGUAAAAUCAUGAACUCUGACCUUAACUGAGACAAGGGGGGCCUGCAGUGCUUUAGAUGUUUUGUGACCACCUGGAUGAGUUCUUGAUGCGUUAGGUAAGUCUGGUAGGUCAGCCAAUCCUGAGAAGGUUCUCCACUGUUUUAUCUUUUUGUCAUUUGUGGAAAAUGGUUCUCAGUGUGUUUCUCUAGAGGCCUAAAGCCGUAGAAAUGGCUUUGUAACCUUUUCCAGACUAAUAGGUGUUGAUGACUUAGGAUGUAUUCACACCUGCCACUUUUGGUCUGCUUUAAACGGACCGGAGUUGGUUCACCCCCCUUGUCGGAGCUUUUGCGCAGGUGUGAAUGCACUGAACCCUGGUCCAGACCAAACAACCCGACCAAGACCCACCUUUUGAGGUGAUCUUUCCAAAAUUAACCCCGGUUGUGGUUGCUUCUGGUGUGAAUACAAAUCAGCCUCGAUGCAACCCAUCUACAGAAAUCAUAAGUCUCUUUGGACUUAACAAGCCACCGUAGCAGUGAAUGGUAUACUGAAAUCUUUCCUGAAAUGCAUUAUGUUGCUUAGCAACGCCGUUUUAGCUCGGUGCAGGACACAGCGUCUCCGACUGGGUUCCAAAAUUAUAAAGAGAACAUCGCAAAAUCACAAACGCACAAAAAAGUUUCAUACUAGCUGAACAGAAAUGUUUGCUGUUAUUUUGCCAGGCAGUUAAAUCUGUGUCCAAUUUAUCUUUUAGGAAUCGCAUUCCUUAUUUUGCAAUAAAAAUAACAUUUUUAAAUCUUUUGUUCUAUUUCACCCCUACUGACCACCAGAGGCGAAGAUUCAAGCACUGAAUGAUCAUUCGUGCACACUCUGCACACUCGCAGCUUGAGUACUAAGGACAAUAAAGUCACCCGUGACCUACAGGUGACCCAGGUCACCCAGACCAAGUCUAUAUAGUCACAUGACACCAGAAGCUCGGUCCCUUUUAAACUUCUCAUGAAGUUUAAAGGGACCAAACACUCUGACGGUCUUCUGGGAUUCAUGGAACCGUAGCUACAGUCAUAACGUUCGUUCUCCUGCAAAAAAAGAAGAGAAAAUGCAUUUUAGGUAUCACGUAGUUAAUAUGGCUUACAAUGUUUAGUGAGUAUUAUGAAUCAUGUCCUCAGCCAGUGAGCUUAGAGGAACUGGAUCAAACCUACUGACCAUGAGGUUUGACUGAUUUUUUCAUAACAGUGAACAUAAUAUUUGUGGACCUCAGGGGAGUCCAUUUUUUUCUGAAUUUUAGGAUCUUGUGUGCUGUCUUGUGUGUGUGUGUGUGUGUGUUUUUUUAGAUGUUCAGUGGUCUAUUGAACAGUGUUGGUAAUUGGGGUACGUUUUAUCUGAGAGGAUGGGUAAAAGUUCUGGUUUGCUGUGAGUAUUUGGUUUUUCAGUUUGUAAAGUAUUGCCGUGCCAAUAGAUUUAGAUGUAAUUUGGUUCUCAUGAAGCCCUGGGUUGACUAUGUGAAUUAUUUAAUUUGCAAGGUGCUUUAAGCUUCUUGAACAGGCACCUGAUGGCCUGUUCAAGUGGUGGUAUUAUUGGUAUGUUAGUGCUACAGGCAGUUCCUGCAGCAUCUCAGUAAUUCAGAACGAUGAGUUAAGGUCAGCAGAGGCAGAGAGUUACUAAUUGACAUAUUUAACGGGCUUGCCAGCCCACAGUUGAACAGGGGAUGUACUCCCAGCAUGUUGGAAAAUGCAGAAAACCUCUCAACCUCAUGCAAACAUAUCUUACACAGAUCUGCACAUGUGCCACAUUACAUACAAAUGUUGGCAUUUCUUCUAAGACCUUAAGUUGGUGCUUCAUUCUUUUUCAUUUUUGAGAGUAUUUUCAUUGUCAGGGGUGUUUAUUUUAGUGGUUUUACAUUUUUAGAAGAACUUUGGUGAUUGAUUAAUCUGGUUGGUUCUGUGGUGAUUUCUGUUUUAUAUUAAUUUUGUUUUGGUUGGAUUUCAUUGAAGUAAGCAGAUCAAAUAUUAAAACUGGGACAAAACAAACAGAAAAACAUUACCUACAACAAAUGAAUUGCAACAUUUCACAACCCUGAAAAAGUCCAGGCAGCUUCUCUCAGUGCAGUUCUCAUAUUAAACAUGCAGCCCAACUUCAUGGCAGCAGGGGAAAGUUUGAGGGAUCAUGAUUAUAAUUUUUCUAUGCAGGUUUUUAAAAUCAAUUCAAAUGAAAACGAUGUCACAUGAUGUGAUAGUGUUAUUAUGUGUUUUAUUGGUUUAAAGAGCAGGACAAUUUAUUAAAUUGCGAUUGGUAUGCAUGUGUGUCUUUUUCAGGACAUAAUAAUCAAUUUACAGUAAGACUGAUCUUCUCAUAACAUCUACUGCAUGCUAUCUUAGAUUUCAGUAUCAUUUUUACAUUUUUCUUAAAGAAACAGCUGGUUUUAUUGUGUGAAAUGAAACAUAUUUGGUGCUACAUUUGUUCAAGUACAGUGAAUGUUAUUCUGUGGUGCUUAAUGUUACUAAGUGUUGUCUCCUUGAAGUAAAUAAGGAACAGUUUGACCUUUUCUUACCAUACACUAAGCUCAUUUUUAACUUUGACUGUUGUUUGAGGUAUCAAGAACAACUUUUUGGAGUCUCGAAGGUGCUAUUUUGUAGGUAAUUGUUGUCUCAGUUGUCAGUCUUUAUUUUAUAUAUAAAAAUAGUCUGUUAUUGUAAUCUUGCAGAUGAAAAGAGAUGUUUGUCUGAGAAGAAAAGGUUUUCCCAAAAACUCAAGCUGUUCCUUUAAAACCGUUUUUGGUGCUUGGUGUUCUUACAAUUGAUCAACUUAUGUUUUACAGUUUUGAGAAUAAAUAAUGAAGAAAAACAAA